AUGUUGAUCCGCCGUCUGUUCGGUGGACUCUUUUUCCUCUUUCUUCUCUGCUCUUGUAUUGCUCUUUUUGUCCUUCACAGUCUAUACUUCAUAUUUCGGACAGCUUCGCAAACUGAGAAGACCGAAACUAAAACUGUCCACGAUGACCAACUAUUCAUUCCUGCCCUCAUCAUCUGUAAUCGUAUGCCGUUUUCCCAAGAUGGUCUCAACAAUGUUAAUGUGAACCUCCGUCAAGAUUCCGCACUCCGUUAUCUUCUAGAAUGGACUAACCCUUCACUCCGAGAAGCAGCGGACUACACAGCCCCAGCUGCAGAUUUUAUGAAUCAAGGACAGAAUACUGUACUACAAUACAUUACCCAAUCAACUCGGAAUCAAACAAUCCAGAAUAUGCAAUAUCAGUGUCAAUCAAUGACCCGAAACUCCUGGUUCUCCACCUAUGUCCCCACUCAUCCCGGAGUUGAUGUAUAUCUCCGAGAAGAUGGAAGUGAUGUCAUGAGAAUGGCCACCGAAUUAGAGAACCCCAUAAGACUAAUGGACAAGAGAGGUGUCAGACUCCAAAUGAAGAAAACGAAAAAAGCAGACAUCCGUCGAACAUCUUGUGGCUACGCAUUAGGAGAUGCCCGUAGAAGUGAUGAGCACGCUUUUAAGCAUAAUGACACAAAUUAUUUGAUGUGCAAUAUGAUGCUGGUCAUGAGAUACUGUACUUGUCACCCAUUGAUGGCCGAGCUUUUGCAUUAUGAUCCCGCUGCGUAUAGAGACUUCCUUCUCCGUGUCAGUCAAACCAAUGUAUGCAGCGUAGACGCAUAUGACAACUGUGCUCGUCGUUACAUUGACCUAACUCGUGUUGAAAAUUGGGAUGAGGAUAUUCCAAAAGAUCUUCCCGGUUAUGAUGACGCCAAAAAGUGUCGGAAUGAUAAUCAUAGAAGUUGUUUGAUCACCUCGUACCCCGGAACUAUUGAAGGCUAUGAUCUACCGGAAGAGUAUAGAACAACGCAGGACUACGUCUCCCGCCUAGUUCUCGAGUACUCCACAAUGAGAACCACAGAGAUUCUGGUAUCAAAGGAUCCAAAUAUUUAUGAAUUGUUGAGCUUUAUUGGAUAUAAUAUGGCUUUGUGGUUUACAGUUGGACAUAUUUUGUGGUCCAUGUUCUGGUAUGCAACUGGACUGUGUUGCCCGAAACGUCAUUCCAACCGAAUCGUUCCGGAAAUUCGUCGAAAGCGUAGCGUUUCUUCACCGGAGCCUAUUGUAGUAGAGCAUCGGCCAAGUCAAUCCGAGGAGCCGGGAGCUGGAGAUACAUAG